UUCGAAUCCUGCCGACUACGGGAGCUCUUCUUUUCCUCCUGCGAACUGAUAUAUUCUGAAAGGGCAUUUCAGCUCUAUACAAAUAUCAUUAACACCGAGAACCCAGUAACGCAAUAAGUUCCUCGAGUUGUUGACAGGAAAAGAAACGCAACACAACCUGGUCUCAUGACUUGACGUCAUAAAAUUCAGUUCCUGAUUUCAAGCUGUCCAUUUCAUUUCAUGAAGUCUUAGACCGUUUGCUGCACUUUCAACAAUGCCAGAUGGACUUAUUACAAACAGGCCUUUGCAGAAUGAAGCUACUGGCAUUGACCUGCAUGUACCAAUCUAUCAGGAGAUAAGAGGAUCAAUGAUUACAGGACAUGUAGAAUAUCAGAUUGUUGUUGUGACCUGCCUUGCUUCCUUCAAGUCUGCAAAACACAAAGCAAGAGAUGUUGUGCAGUUUGUUGUUUCCAAGAAAUACAGUGAAAUUGAAGAGUUUUACUACAACCUGAUGACUAAGUAUCCAAGCAUCCAUCUGCCUCCAAUGCCCCGCAAAGCCCUGUUUGUGAGUGAGACGGACCUCCAUAAGCGAAGAUCAGCUUUUGACAAGCUUUUCAAAUUCUUUUCCAAGCACCCAAUGCUGGCAAACUGCCCAGAGUUACUGGAGUUUUUAGGAGCAAAAACAGUGCUCACUGAUGCCAAAACUACAAAUGAACCUGACAGGUUAGACAAGGAACAGGAAGAAAGUCUGGAUUUUUUUGAAAGAGAGGAACCAUCUAACUUGAAAAUGGCAGUAGCAAAGGAAAUAUUGGACCAAAGUCUAAUACCACUUCAGCCUCAUGAAGAGGAGGAAUUAUUUGACCCACUGAGCAGUGAGCGGUUUAAGAGACAUGUGAAUUUAAAGAAUGCCAAAUCAGUCCCUAAACUCAAACCAAAAACACUGUUUGAUGAGGAUGAUGACCCAGAAAAGAAACUGUUUUCACCUGCAGUAGAAGGUGACAUGAAGCUGUUUGACAGUGCACACUUAAGAAACACUGACACUUUGCUGUUUUCUAAGACCAACAACGGCAUUAAAUCUACAGAUUCUAAAGUGGAUGAAGAUACAGAUGAGCUCUUCAGACAUUCUACUGAAGUAACUUUACAAACAGUGGUGUAGUUGGGGACAUGCCGACAUUCACAGAGAACAACAGUGGUGGAUGAUUGGAUGAUCCUCUCCAUGGUAAAGAAAAAACGUUUCACAACAUCCAGCCAAGUAAAGAACACUCUUCAGGAAGAAGGCGUGUCACUGUCAAAAUCUACAAUCAAGAGAAGACUUCACAAGAGCAAAUACAGAAGGUUCACCACAAGGUGCAAAUAAGGCCAGAUUAGACUUUGACAAAAACAUCUAAAAAAAGCCAGACCACUUCUGGAAAAGCAUUCUUUGGGUGGCUGAAAUUAAGAUCAACCUGUACCAGAAUAACAGGAAGAAAAAAGUGUGGAGAAGGCUUGGAGCAGCUCAUGAUCCAAAGCAUACAACAGCAUCUGUGAAACAUGGUGGAGCAGUGUGACAGCAUGAGCAUGCAUAGCUUCCAGUAGCAUGGCGUUACUGGAGUUUAUUGAUGACGUGACAGAAGAUAAAAGCAGCCGGAUGAAUUCUGAAGUGUACAGGGAUAUACUCUGCCCAGAUUCAGUCAAAUACAGCAAGGUUGAUUGGUGCGGCGCUUCAUAGUACAAAUGGACGAUGACCCAAAACAUACAGCAAAAGCAGCCCAGGAAUUUUUGAAGGUAAAAAUGUGUUCACUUUUGCAUUCGUUACACCAAGGUGUGUUGUAUGUUCAACCAAAUCCAGCUCCAUCCCAAGAAAAGAGAUUUUCUGAACAGGGAAGAGUUUGCUCUUUUUUUCUCAGUUGACCUGAAGAACCAACUGGCUGAGGUGACUGAGCACCAAGUCCCUGUGUUCACAGAACUGAUCUCAUGACUGUGCCAGUAUGAGCGAGUCAUGAAUAAACAUGAAUGUGGGGAGACAGGGACAGCCCGAAGGGUAGGACUUUCUACUGAUGUGCUCGACCCUCGAACGCAAAGUGCAGGAACGGCCUGUGUCAAAGGAAAAUCGAGACAUGAAAGUAUGUGUCCUUUAGGUUGAUUGCUGCAAACCAAUCUUGGGGCUGACAGGUCUUGAAUUGAGGGGGGAUGCAGGGCAUGGCAUUAAAAAAUUGCGUUAAAAAAAUGACAAAAAGCAUCUCCUCUGUAAAACCACUAUCCCCCUCCACAAGAAGGAGGAGAUACUGGGUUUGUUCUGGCAGUAAAAGGUGCUGUCCAUGACCUAGUAAAGUCUUCAUGCACCUUUGGGAAGAACAGGACCGGGGUAGGACGGUAAUAGCCAGUGCGAGCAGCCCUAAAAAACCAAUCAUACAACUUGGACACGGCUCUGGACACGGUAGAGGUUUCCACUCGAGCCCGACCCUCUUGGCGGUCCAGGCAAACAUAGGCGUCAUCACUGGGUCUGACCGCAAGUGGGGUGAGGGGUUGGUUCCUUGGAGGGGAAGCCCUCACUGUAACCCUCAGACCACCCAGGCUACUACCCAUAAAAUUAUAAAAAUGCAUAAAAACUCUUUAGAUUUUAGAUUUAGAUUUAGAUUUUUUAGAAUUUAGAUUUAUCUGUAUUUUUCAUUUUUCAUAAUAUAAUUUCAAAGCAAUAUGUUUGUAAUCGUAUAGAACUUUUUUGUGGUCAACAGACCUGGAACUACUUUAGUCAUGCAGUAGGCUAUUAAAAAUUAAGUAAUUUUCUGAUUUAAAGUACUUAUACUGUAAAGAGAGUUAGUCAAAAAAGGUUCACAAUUAUGAUAUUUAUUUAUUUUUUGCCUAUAUUA